GUCGACUGUUACCGUGUUCCUACCUAUUCUUUCCGUAAACUAUGUCGCUCAUUGCCAGGCGCGCCGCCACUGUCGCAAGGCCUGCUGCAGCAUUGGCUGCAAAGCUAAGAGCCUACGCUACUGAGGCUGCAAAGGACCCAGAGAGCGAUGACGACUACCCCAAGGUUCCCAAUGUAUCGCGACAAUAUCUUCCUGCGACAGGCUGGCAGGAUCCACUAUUGCGGCGCAACUUCGGCGACCCUGUGCACGAACAAGAAGAGCUGUACUCCAUGUGGGGUCCAGACAUUCCCACUAUCGCACCGCAUAUCGCCCUGCGCCACUUCACCUACGCAGUAAUCUCUUUCGUCUCGUUCGGCUUCCUUGUGAAAUACGCUCUGACACCAGAGAUGCCCGCCAUUCGCCGCGAGUACCCGUUUGGUGGUUUAGUGACUGAACUUGGUGGUAUGGAUGCAAACAAGGCAAGGGUUGAGGAUGAGAGCGACGUGGACUAGGAUAGGCACAUCUAUAAGACACCCACGAACGAGAGACAAUCGAUGAAUUGAUAUUGCGAAUCGACACCAAUUCAUAUUCGGUGACGUUCCCCACUAGCCGACUGAGUUUGGUACCCGAGCAGCGUUUGCUCCUCGCAGAUGCCCUAUGAUCUAUUCUAUCCUCGUUCUUGGUGAAGUUCUUUCUCACUUACCACGUUCCUGUCACCUACGUACUGCGAAAUGGAAAAUUACUGAAGUAAACAAGUGGGAUAAGGACAAUGCUAAUGUAG